CCUGUACGAUGGCGAGCAAUUAAACUUGACGAGGAUCACGCGCAAUGAAAUGGGCGCGUAUCUGUGCAUCGCGACCAAUGGCGUGCCGCCAACAGUCAGCAAGAGAAUCACCGUCGACGUCGAAUUCUCGCCGAUGAUCUUCGUGCCGAAUCAGCUGGUCGGCGCGCCACCUGGCACCAACGUCACCAUCGACUGCCACACGGAGGCCUAUCCACGAGCGAUGAGCUACUGGUUCCUCGGCGACGAGAUGAUACUGUCCAACGAGAAGUACACGACCAACAUCAUGGAGAACAGUUACAGAGCGUACAUGAGACUGACCAUUAGAAAUCUGCAGGACGGUGACUUCGGCAACUAUCGUUGCAUCAGCAAGAACUCGUUAGGCGAGACGGAGGGCUCGAUCAGGUUGUACGCAAUUCCGAAGCCGUCCGCGGCACCGAAGGCCACGGAGAUCAAGAGCAGCGCCAACAAAGAAGGACGACCGAGCACGCCGUCACCAGCAAAAAGGCCGACCACCGUGUGGCCAUCCUCGUACAACACGUACUAUACGAAAAGGACAGAGAGGCCACCUCCCCCGAGCGAGGAGAGGGUCGAGAGGCCAGAGCAGAAGCUACGUGGUGGCCAGAGCACAGGGAGCGCGUACAUCAUAAGAUGGAGCGCGCCGCAGCUGAUGGUGGUGGCGGUGCAGUAUAUCCUCACGGGGCCCUACAUGCCCCCGUACGUGCCCCAGACGGCGAAUUAGGAGAUGGAUCACGAUACCCACGUGGCCCGUGUUUAUCCAGGACGUUCUGUCGCGCCCUGAGUCUGUGUCUGAAUCCUUCGGAAUCACCAUCUAUUUCCACGGAGAAGAGCCGCGCUCGAGAGCAUCGCGCGUGCACCUUCGAAACGUUUUUUCUUUUCUUUUUUUUUUUUCUCUACUUAUUUAUUUAUUUAUUUCGCGUGAUUUGCUUCAUCUCGACGUAAUUUAGCAGAUAAUGUAACAAUCGAGCGGCUUUGUCUCUCGGAGAAAUCACGCGUCACGCGUCAGGGGAGGCAUUCAUAAAGGCGAUUCACUCGCGAAAGAAACGAAACAGUACGUUUGGCUAAUAUUCGCGAUUAGACCGAAUAGCGAUUGAUGGAAUGCAUUAGCGGGAACAGACGAAAUUAUUUGUCAACCAAGUUCUAUACCUUUAAUUGGAUUGUUAAUCGCAAUCGAAUAUUAAUUGGGAUAAUUGAAUCAUGUAUCGGCUGCCGCUGGAUUACCGGCUUAAUUAGCGUCGGAUAUUUAUUGUGAGGUGAAUUAUCUUGGUAAAUUAUUUGUCGGAAGUAAUGACGUAUGAACGGGGAACGAACCGCUCCUAGAGCAAUAUGACGCUGCACCGCGGACCUGUAGUUAAUCGACGCAAUUAGAGGGAAAUUUAUUACGGCGGUGCUCGUGUCGGUGUCUUUUCGCGUUUGAAUUUUUUCGUUGCGUUUUUCGACCGUGUUGUUUCACCGUGAUGAAUUCACGGCUUGAAUGCCAGUUGGCGUGCAAUUUUCGCGACUCUGUGUAAUUGUGUUUGUCGAAUACUUCGAGCGUCGUGAUAGAAAAUUUUAAUAGAAAUCGACGAACGCUCACCACUUUGGUAGUUCAACAAGUAAAGUCGGGUAAAGCUCGAUGACAGCUCGAUCGAUGAAAACUCUUCCUUCUCCCACGAUCGAAACCUACUUGAAAUUUUCAAACAAGAUUGUAAACUCAGAGCGAGAUAAUCGGUCGAUGAAACAAGUCGAAAAAAAAGAAAGGAGACACGCACACCCGGGGGUUACCACGUAGCGCGAUAAAUUCCGAAAACAAUCAAACUCGGCGAGGCUUGGUCGCUCUGAAAAUGACAAAUCUGUCCUGCGAGAGUACACACUUGGAAAAGGUGAACAGAACGAAACUCUAGACUCUCCUCGCGAUGCGCCAAUACUCCCCGUUUCGAAUGGUCGCUCUUUCUAAAGAGUGCGUGCGAUAUAUAUGUAUAUAUAUAUCGUCAAUUAACGUGAUACCGUCGCUUCAGUCGCUUCGGUUGUUCGACAGUUUGAAUCUCGCGGAUCGCGAAGAACAAAUCGAGGUCGCGAUCGGAAACAAAACGUCCCCGAAGACGCUUGGGGGAGAUACGUGAGUAGUUUGCGUAGGAAAGUCGCUGAAUGGAAUCUCCGGGAGGCCCGGAGACUUUUUCAAGCCCGGCCAGGAAAUGGCAUUCAAGUAGACAGCCCUCGAGGGAGUGAAGGGAGGGAAUUUGAUUAAUGCCUCGGCACGUGAAAAAUGGCGCUCGCGAAAUCACGAAGGUUGGCAGGAGCGUAACGACGGUUUUCGCGUUAUUUAAAAAAAAAAAAACGGUCGCCACCGGAGAAUCCAAUUAUCGAAACGGUUCGUUGGAUCGUUGCACGACGGUGGAAACUUCGCCU